GGACGGGCUCUCCACUAGACGCCAGGGAACGAUACGGGUCCCUGUGAUCCCUUCCAAAGACUUUCUGCUGCCAGGUCAGCCUCCCGGGAGGAGGGCCCACUGUGCCCCAACCGGACCUCCCCUGACGAAGCCGAGGCCUGUGAUGCUCGUACACCUGCGUACCACACGCAUGCUAGCAAGUCACCCUGUAUGGAUCCCAGCUUGUCGUCCCCCAAGGAUCCUUGCGUAAAUUUGGAGAGUGUCUCAUGCCCGCUUCUUGGGUUCUUGCUUGAUUAUCAACUGCACCUUAUGCCAGUCCGCCUGGUCCUCAAACCUGGGGUCAUUGGUGGGCUGGAGCGAACUCUGCAAAUUGCACGAUGGGCAGCUAAGCAAGGAGUACAUCCUGUCAUCAGCUCAGCUUUUGAAUCAUCCAUAGCAUUGUCUAUGUAUGCAGAGAUGGCAUACGCCAUCAACUCUCAGGGAAUGUUAUCCAGCGACAAGAAUGAGGAGGAAGAUCUCACUGGCAGCAGCAGAAUGGCUCAUGGUCUAGGAACCUUUCCCUGGAUCCAAGAAGAUGUCAUUGUUGAUGGCAGAUGGAUUUUGCCAGAUGGGGACAAUUCUGGGAAUUUGAGCCACACGCCGAUUUGCCCAGUGAUCAGACAGAAAUCCAAGGCCUUGGGAGGUAGUGACUGUGACAGGAACGUUCAAGCAGGAGGAAGGUCGUCACCAUCAUCAUCAUCGUCGUUCUUGUCAUCAUCGUCACCAUUAUUAUUAUCACCGUCGUCAUCAUGUCCAUUGUCAUCAUCGUCAUCUUUGCCAUCAACGUCGCCAUCAUCACCAGUGUCAUCAGAAGGGCAGCUUUCUGUGAAUAUUACAGAUACAUCGAAGUUACUGAAGUGCCCACGUUUCAACACAGCUGCAGUGUCCUUCGUGGGUUCGGCGCAAGGGGAUGAGACAAUGGUUCUCGUUGACAUCAGUACAAGUGAAGCAAAGUACACAUUCAGAUGCCUUGAGAUGAAAUCACAAAGUGUGCACAAAGAUGAACCAAAGGAGAAGACAGCAAGCCAUCCAACACUCGUCUUCCUUCACGGCUUCCUUGGACAAGCAAGUGACUGGGCACCCAUAAUGUGUGCCCUCUCACUGUCUUUCCGAUGCAUAGCAGUGGACCUUCCUGGACAUGGUGGGACUUCUGUGCAGCGUCAAGGCCCAGAGCAAAGAGCUGGUAGACACAGCUUGUCCGAUUCAUCGCCAAAGACUGACCCAGCAUUCAAGAUUAACCAAGCUGAUCCUCUGUCUAGUGCCAGGGAGAAAAAAGCCAGACACGAACUCAACGGUGAGUCACAACAAGGCAACAAGUGGCAGAGUGCUUGCGGUUCUUCUGAUGAAACUGGGGAAGGGAGUCAGCCAAGUGGGUACAAGGAAGAGGGGUCCAAAAGACCGUUACUGAGGGAAGAAGAAGGAGAAGAGCAUGCUGGUGACUGGAAGAUGGCUGCAUUGUCUGUGGAGAAUGUAGCGGAGGCUCUCAGUAUGCUGGUCAGGAAACUUGUCGAUGAGCCAUGCAUUGUUGUUGGGUAUUCGAUGGGUGCACGGGUGGCCUUACAUAUGGCAACAUAUCAUUCUGAAGUGGUACAUGGUGCUGCAAUUGUCUCAGGAAGCCCUGGCAUAUCAAGUGAACAUGACCGUGCACAGCGGCUUGCACAGGACAGAAAAAAGGCUAAGCUUUUGCGGGACAUAAGCACCAAUGCCUUCAUCCACGCAUGGUACCAGCAGCCACUCUGGAAAAGCUUUCGAAAUCACCCUAGCUUCCGUUCCUUUGCAAGGAAAAGGGCAGACGAGGGGCAUCCAGAUGCACUUGCUGAUGUUCUGGUGGCAAUGAGCACAGGAAAACAAGAGUUGGUUUAUACUUGUAACCACCUACAGUCCGAGCUGGCGAACCUCCAGCGGGCCGUGCGGAACCAUAAGACUCAGCACGAGGAUGCCACAUGGGCACUGGAUGCUCGUGUACUGGACCUGGAACAGGCUGUCCCAGGACCAGAUGCUGGGGCUUCCAGCAGUGCAUCCUCUAGCCGCCAACUGGAGGAACGCGUUGACCACGUAGUGGCAAUGCUAGGAGACGUAAGUGCCUUCACAGAGCCGGCCACCAUCAGCCAGCGGUUCAAGUUGCUGGACACUAAGAUCAGUCAGCAACAGCAGACCGACCACAGCCACAACAACAGCUCAGCAAGGCCAUACAAGAUGCCAACGUUCCGGAUCGAGAAAUUUGAUGACUACACACAUCAAGACCCGGUCGUCUGGUGGCAAGGAUUUACAACGGGGUUGGGGAUCCACGAGGUCCCUAACCAUCUGUUCAUCAGUGCUCUAUUCAUCAACACCAAGGGAGGAUGUCAGAUUUGGCUCAGCCACAUGGCAACCAUCCACGGCGUCCAGGUUUCAGACCUGCAUAAGAAGGUCACCUGGGAGGAUAUGGCAAAGGAAUGGAAGAAGCGGUUCAUAGUGGAUGACACACCCGCGCUCGCCAUCAACCGCAUCUUCGCGAUGGCUCAAGGGCGCACACCGACACGUGACUGGCUCACGGAUUGGCAGAAAAUCGUGGCCACGCCCGAUCUGGACUUGCCAUUUCCGCAUCUGCGCCGUGAGUUCUACAACAGGUCAUGCGCCGCUCUGAGCCUCGCACUUGGUGAUCGCGAGCAGUACCAAACUUUCGCAGAGAUCAGCAACAAGGCGAGAGAGAUCAUCAAGACCAACAGGUCAGCUGCACACGAGAAAUCAACAUGGCAGCUGACCUAUGUGGAGAAGGCACGAACUGGUCCGCGACAGCAGCACUUCGCUGCAGUCCAGCAGGACAGUGGAGAUAACCCAACAGCCACUCCAACAUCAAGUGACGGAGAUCAGGUGGCUGCUGUCCAGCCGCGAAGCAACAACAAGUCCCGCAACAAUGGGAAGGACUAUGCUGUCUACUUGGUUCCACCGCUGGACCAGCCGCUCCACGUGCAACAGUCCACCGCAUGCACGGUUUCAUCACCAUCGGCAACCGAUUCGGCACCUUCGCCGCAAUCUAUCGCCGGGGAUUCGACGUCAUGGUCAAGACUUGAUGAGCUCGACCCGUUGACGUUCMCGRACUUYCAGUGGAUGCCYGUUCCCUCGACCGGACGAUUGCCGAAACCACAUUGCAAUGUGCUCAUGGCACAACUGCGGGACUACUUGCACACUGCAGUACCAGCUCCGUUGAUGGACGGCGGAGUAGAGGUUGUCAACCUUCACGAGUACAUCGCGAAGAUUGACCGCGAGUUCAAGACGCAACAAUACGACGACAUCGACGCACCAUUGCUAUACAUACGCAUUCAGAUCGGUGAGGCGACCUGCAGUGCCUUGAUCGAUUGCGGAGCAUCUCGCAACUACAUCAGCCAACACUUCAUGGUGCGCGCCGGCCUUGGCCCACGUGUCCGGAGGAAGUCCCAGCCUACGCAAGUCACGUUGGCAGACGGUCAUACGCGCAAGUCAAUCGACCGGUGCAUUGACGCCGUCCCCGUGUACUUUGCCCCUCACGCAAGUGAGGCGGUGUCCUUUGACAUUCUGGACACCAAAUUUGACAUGAUCUUGGGCAUGUCAUGGCUGCGAAGCGAGGAUCACCCGGUGAACUUCUUCAACCGCACCGUUCACAUUCGUGAUCGCAACGGAGUACUAGUUCCAUGCACGGUGCCUCUUCCUCAUCCUUCUAUCAGCUGCCACGUGGUAUCCGCCGCAAGCAUGCGAGCAUCCAUCAUCAGAGACGACAUCGAGGAGAUGGGGGUAUGUUUUCUCCACGCCCUCCCGCCCCGAGACSCUUCAUCGACGGACUCAUCUUCGGAUCCACGCAUCACUGAGCUUCUCGACGCUUACAGCGACGUGUUCGAAGGCCCGCACGGAGUAGUACCGGAUCGGCCCAUCCACCACGAGAUCAUCCUCGAGGACGGGGCCGUACCUCCGCGCGGCUGCAUCUACCGAAUGAGCGAGGAAGAGUUAAGUGUGCUCCGUGCACAACUUGACGAUCUUCUAGAGAAAGGUUGGAUUCGGCCUAGCUCAUCGCCAUACGGUGCUCCUGUCCUCUUCGUCCGGAAGAAGAACAAGGACCUGCGGUUGUGCAUCGAUUAUCGCAAGCUCAACGUGCAGACGGUCAGGAACGCCGGCCCUCUCCCACGCAUCGACSACCUUCUCGAGCGAUUGGGCGGCGCCCAGUUCUUCUCUAAGYUGGAUCUCAAGUCAGGGUACCACCAACUCGAGAUUCACAAGGAGGAUCGCUACAAGACCGCGUUUAAGACACGGUAUGGGCAUUUCGAAAGGUUGGUCAUGUCGUUUGGCCUUACAAAUGCCCCAGCCACUUUCCAAGCGGCUAUGACAACGGAGUUCCGACACAUGCUGGAUCGGUUUGUACUCAUCUACCUCGACGACAUCUUGGUGUAUAGUCGGAGUUUGGACGAGCAUGUGGAACACCUGCGCACCGUUUUGGAGUGGCUACGACAAGCCAAGUACAAAGCAAACCGCGAAAAGUGCGAGUUCGCACAGCAGGAGCUGGAAUACUUGGGACACUAUUCGCCAAAGGUGCCAUUCAUAUUCGAUGAUGCCGCACGCCGGUCAUUCCAAGCACUUAAGACGGCUAUGCUCAUGGCACCCGUCCUUAGCAUCUAUGACCCCACCCUGCCGACGCGAGUGACUAUGGACGCUUCCGGCUAUGGCAUUGGGGCAGUCUUGGAACAGCACGACGACGAUGACUGGCACCCUGUGGAGUAUUUCAGCCACAAAGUGCCUCCCAUCAACUCGCUUGAUGAUGCAAGGAAGAAGGAGCUGCUCGCAUUCGUCAUGGCUCUCAAGCGAUGGCGGCACUUCCUCCUUGGGUGUCGUAGGUUCACAUGGGUCGCGGACAACAAUCCAUUGACUUACUAUAAGACGCAGGAUACGGUGAGCAGCACGAUCGGACGAUGGAUGUACUUCAUCGACCAAUUUGACUUCACACCGAAACAUCUGCCCGGCCUCUCAAAUCGCGCAGCAGAUGCACUCUCGCGAAGACCCGAUCUUUGCGCUAUGACACAUCAUGCCUUCGCAUUCGACGAGGAGCUUCAGCGACACUUCAUCCGGGCAUAUUAUGAUGUGUUUCAGACUCUACCAUUCAGCUACACAACAGGCCGCAUACUGAUAUUAAAUUGUGAUAAUCGCAUCGUAAUGCUAUUUCUCAGGCCGGUGUGGGAAGAGCUGUCAAAGACAUCAGCCAGACUAUUGUUUGUUGCAGGCGCAGAGGAUGCAAAGUUCGUAGCCAUCAUGCGAUCAAUGUAUCGUCGUUCGCAUGAGCGAAACAGAGAUGGAGAGGAGAAUUCUUCUCACAACCAAGUUCCGAACGUCCAGAUGGUGGAGGUACCUGGAUGUGGACAUGUGGUGCAUGUCGAAAAGCCAGAUGUGCUGGUGAAAGCAUUGCACAAUUUUGCGUUAGGAAAGAAGAUUGAUGUCAUGUAGAGAAAGCAGUUUUCCUUCAGUGAAGGAAGCAUGACACUGGGUCGGCUCGUUGUAGAAAGGAAAUGGGGUCGGCUCAUUGUACAAAGGAAAUGGGCUGAGCUUUCAUAUGGUGGAAUAUAAGAAAUAGAAAAUGAGACUGAAGUGAGAGCAGUGUUGGCAUUAACGCUGAGGGCAGUGUGUGUGUUUGUGUGUGUGUGUGUGUGUGUGUGUGUGUGUGUGUGUGUGAGAGAGAGAGAGAGAGAGGAAUUUCCAUGAGGAUUCUUGGUUUAAAAUUAAAAAAGAAGAUGGAUGAUUGUGAAAAAAAAAAUAGUUGCACUAGGGCCAUGGUUUCAUUUUAUUCUGGGGAGCAUCGAUCCCCUACAACAUGAUAAAGUGGAUCAACCAGGGGUUUCGUUUCCAUCGGAUGCUCCGAACUAAGCACUUCUUUCUGUAAUGGAUGCGGUCCCUUCUAUAGACCCAAUAUAUGGGUUCGAUUUCCUCUCCCACAGAAUGUCAAAUUUGCAGUCUGCACACAUCCAGAGUGGCUCUGCUCCCAAAAUUGUUGAUCAGAAAUGUUGGGUCCCCUGUGGGCCAUUCACUAAGUGAAGCCAGAAACGACAGCGCAGUAGAGAGAGAGAGGGGAGGCAAGGAGGGACAGACUGUGUGGUUAUGAGUGUCUGUCUGUGUUGUCUUGUUCGCUGUACACCACUCCACAAACAAAAGCAUGACUAUGAA